AUGGGUUCGCCCAGCAAGCACGCCCCGCACGAGGAGUCAGACGAGUCCGAAGAAGAAGUACUUCAAGAGAUUUCCCCAGACGAUAUUAACGUCGCCAUUUUCUGCGCUCUGGUCGAAGAGUCCACCGCCGUCCGGUACACGCUAGACAGGGAGUUCGCCUGCAAAGCCUAUGGCAAGCAAAGCUAUGUCUACACCGUCGGGAGCAUCGGUGCCCACAAUGUGGUCAUCGCCGAACCGGCGGAGAUGGGCCCUGUCAAUGCUGCCCAUUGCGCCGCACAUGUCAGUCAGCAAUUUCCCAAUGUGCGCCUUGCCCUGAUGGUCGGCAUCGGCGCAGGGAUCCCUAGCAACAACCUCGACAUUCGCCUGGGUGACAUUGCCAUCAGCGUGCCCCGCGACGACCACCCCGGGGUGGUCCAGUACGACCUUGGAAAGUACGAGGCCGGCGCGUUCAAACGGAAAGGCGCGUUGAACAAGCCGCCACGGAUCUUAACCAGUGCUAUUCGCGCGCUGGAGGGGGACGAGCUCCGGAACAAGUUUCCCAUCCGAAGGAUCUUGAAAAGAAUUGUUAGGCAAAAUGACAAAUUUCGGCGGCCUGAUAGCGAGGACAUCCUAUUCCACAACACGUUUCCCCACGUGCAGAAAGGCUCCGACUGCAGCGCGUGUUGGGCUUCAGAUGACAAGAGAGUGGUGUCCCGCAUACCGCGCCAACUCCCGAAUGAGCCUGUCACGCACCGAGGACUCAUUCUAUCAGGCGGUGGCGUAAUAAAAAAUCCCGCGGACCGCGAACAAUUCCGUCGAGGGUACGAGAGUGCGAUAUGCUUCGAGAUGGAGGCGGCGGGAAUCAUGGACGAGCUUCCAUGCCUUGUGAUUCGAGGCAUUAGCGACUAUGCCGAUACCCACAAGCACGAUGAUUGGCACUACUACGCGGCGGCGGCAGCAGCAGCGUACUGUAAGGCUAUUCUUUCUAAGGUGCCUGUCGAAGAGGUGACGGAAACGCCGCGCAUGAGGGAAGUGGUGAAGAAGGUCGAUGAAAUCCAACGCACAGUCCAGGAGACCCGGGUGACAGCGAAAGAGAUACACGCCAUCGCUCAUUUUGACAAGAUCCGAAAAUGGCUCUCACCACCUGAUCCGUCCACUAACUUCAACAAAGCGCGCGAGCAGCACUAUGAAAAAACAGGCCAGUGGUUUCUCGACAGCGAGGUGUAUAUCAAGUGGAAGACGGAGCGCAAUUCAUUCCUAUGGCUUCAAGGUAUCCCGGGUUGCGGCAAGACGAUCCUCAGCUCGUCCGUCGUAGCUGAUCUGCAAGAUGGACCGUCUAGAAGCCUGGUAUACUUCUACUUUGAUUUCAGCGAUGUCGCGAAGCAGACCCUUGAACAGGCGGUCCGGUCGCUUAUCUAUCAGCUCUAUCACAAACAAGCGGAUCUGCGACAGGAGGUGGAUGAUUUUUAUUCGUCCUGUGACAAUGGAGAUCGCCAACCACUCCGAUCAGCACUGCUCGAGCUCUUCAAGAGUAUGAUUCGGCGGGCUGGCGAAGUAUGGAUUGUGCUCGACGCCCUUGACGAAUGUCAUACACGGAACGAACGUGCAGUUUCCGGCUUAAUGUCCUAUAUAAAAGGCCUUCGAGACUCAACCACAAAUCUUCAUCUUCUGGUUACAAGCCGGCCCGAACAUGACAUCCAGUCAGCCAUCCGCAAUUGGGCACGGGACAGCGAGAUCCUGCCUCUUGAAAGCAUCCGAGUCAAGGACGAUAUCAAUUUAUAUAUCGAGGUCAGGGUGGGACAAUUGAGCAGGUGGCGAGAGCGACCACGUAUACAAAAAGAGAUCAAAACUGUCCUAUCAAACAAAGCAAAUGGAAUGUUUCGCUGGGUCUCAUGCCAAUUCGAUGUCUUAUCAGGAUGUCUCGAUCCAGAGUCCGUACAGCGAGAAUUGGCAAGCCUUCCACGGACCUUGGAUGAGACAUACGAACGGAUAUUGAAAACCAUAGAACCAAAUCGUCUGAAUUCUGCAAUACGCCUGUUGCAAUUCUUGGCCUACUCGAAUCGGCCUCUAAGGCUUGAAGAAGCUGUGGAUGCAGUUGCAGUGAAUAUCUCGAAGGAGCCUAUGUUCGAUCCAGAAUAUCGAAUGCCAUGCCCAGAGGAGAUUGUCGGAUAUUGUUCCAGCCUUACCGUCUUGGUUAAGAGAAAAGAUCAAAGAUACAGAACAGACAUCGUGGAAAUACAGCUUGCACACUUCUCCGUCCAGGAGUACCUUACGUCCGAGCGAUUGGAGAAAAGUGUAGCCCCUAGGCUCAGUCAUUCAAGUGCGAGCAUUGCCCUCACAACAGUUUGUCUCUCUUAUCUACUAAGCCUGGAUUAUUCGUACCGACCCGAGGAGGCUGAGAAGAACUAUCCACUAGCGGAGUACUCUGCGCAGUACUGGCCAACGCAUGCUGCGAUUACCGAGCAGUCAACAAAUAGCACUCUACCUAUAAUUCGAAACCUCAAGGAGCUGGCAGACACGAACAAAUAA